AUGGAAGAAGAUUUUAAGGGCUCUAUCAAAAAAUCAGAAUACGAUAUUAAUACAGAAGAAGAAUCCGAUAAUGAAGAAGAGUACGAUACAGAAGAAGAAUAUUUCAAUGGCUAUACCAAAGAAGAAUACGAUAAAAUGUUUGAAUCGGGUUAUGAUUUACCAUCAUGGGAGAACAUAGUGCAACUAAUAACGUCUCUGGCCAGCACUACGACUAGUAACAAUAAUAAUAAUAAUACUCAUAAUACUCAUAAUAAUAACAACGAAAGCUCUUCCUUCCUGUCAUACAAUCCUUCAUCUUCUCAUGAAAUGUAUUCCAACAAUAACAACAACACUACUCGAUUGACUCUUCCUCAUUGUCAAAAUGAACAAGUACCACUCGCAUCGUCCUCCUCUUCUUCCUUGUUGUCAUCCUCUCCUUCUUCUUCUCAACAUCGUCCUCAACAACAUCAUUUCGAAAACAAAUUAAUUUCAAUGAAUCAUCAAAUUGAAACAUUAUCUUCUUCAUCGUUUCAUGAUGAUUCUUUAUCGACCAAUGGUUCGAACCAUUCUCAUGAAGAAGAAUUAUCAGAAGAAGCAACGACCAUGAUUACAGUCACGACUUCGAGUCGAAGAAAUACCACCACGUCUCCACUCACUCCUUCUUCCUUGUGUACAACUCCAAGUAGUUCGAGAUGUAACACUCCACAUAUCAACCAAAAUUCAUCCAUUCCUCCUCUUCUCGGUAAUGAUGAAAAUUGUGAAGACAUGGUUCCAUCUGGAAUUGUGACAAAUAUGGAGGCAUUGACCAACUGUAUUCAAAACCCAGAAGAAAACGAAGAGGAUACAAUAUAUCAACCAAAUUUAAUCAUUAAUUCACAACUUUCACUUUCAUCGAUGCGUGUUGUGAGGAAUCGAGAAGAAAUUUUGUCACCUUGUGUAGGAAGAAAAUUUCACAACUUGUCCACCAAUGUCAAUCAACACGAUGAAGAAGAACAAGUGGAUUUAAUUGGAGUCAGAGUCAACAACAAGAAGGAGAGUGUGGAUGUGAAAAAACGAGCAAGUGAUGUGGAUCAGGUUCAUGUGAGUGGUGUGACAACAAAUCUAAUGACAACGUCGAUAUCUGCUGCUGCUGCUGCUGUGGAGGAAGAAUACAAAGACAACGACAAGACAUGUUCUGUUGUAGAUACUUCUUAUUGCAACCAUAAUGCAUCCAUUCCAACCACAACCACAACAUCAUCAUUGUUAUCAAAUCUUGUACAAAAAAGAGUAUCGAUUUGUGAAGCUCCAAGCAAAGAGGAUUUGCCAUCAGAAUCAUCGAAUUGGAGACGUGAAUCCAUGAGUGAAAGGAGAGAUGCUGUUUUCAAAAAUGAUUUGGAGAAUGAAAAACCUUCACCAUCAUCAUCAUCAACAACAUUGGAAGCCACGUCGAGCAAUGGAAAACCAUUUAAAUUCUUACAAAAGAGACCAUCCUUUAUUAAUCCUCAACUUGUGAAUAUUCUAUUUGCGUCUCUGUUGUCACUUCAAGAUUUGAAACCAUCGGAGAAUCAAGUCGCUGGUCAUGGACAAAAAGAUGGUGAAGAACAUUUAGUGGUUCGCCAUUUGAGAGACAAAAUUUACAAACCUAUUAAUACCAAGUCGAAACGAGCGUUUGAUGAAGUGAAAUUUUAUGAAACUCAAGCUCCAAAAAUUCCACUAUUGGAACCCUAUUUACCGAAAUACUAUGGAGUGCAGACAGUUCAAGAAAAUGAUCAACAAUUUCUUGUUUUGGAAGAUUUAACAGCUCCAUUUAUUAAUCCAAGUUUAUUGGAUAUUAGAAUGGGAAGAAGAGUCUAUGGCGAUGAUGCAAGUCCAGAGAAAAUCAAAAUGUUCGAUGAAAAGUACAUCUAUCAAAAAGAACUAGGUUUUAGUUUUAGUGGAAUGAAAGUUUACAAUACCACUCCUAAUUUUGCAAGUACCAAUACAAAUCCUGACAUUACACAAAAGGAUGGUAAAUACAAAGUGUACAAUAGAUAUUGGGGAAGAAACUGCAAACCUGGUGAGGAAUCUGUCAAAGCAUUGGAAGACUUUUUCUUUGAUACGACCUAUGACAAUGCUGAACAAGUUGGACUCAAAUCCAUCACGAGCAUGCUCAACCAAUUGAAACAUUUAGAGCAACUCUUCAACACACACCAACUCAUUUAUCGGAUUUAUUCAAGUUCUCUUUUUUUGGUGUUCGACGACCAUGAGGCCAUUGUUAGAAUGAUUGAUUUUGCACACGUUCACGAGAAUAAGGAACCUUGUGUGGACGAGAACUAUGUGUACGGUCUCAGCAUGUUGAUUUAUUAUUUUGAGCAAGUGCUAAAGAGACGUUCGCCGACCAAUGGAGGUUGCACUAAAAUUGAAUCCACAACUCAUGGAAAUCAAAAUAUGUCGACGUCGGAUUGA